AUUUUAUUUUAUUUUAUAAUUUUGGGCCUCGACUCCUGAAACCGAAGACCAAUCGAAGACCGAUACCUUUCACCUCUGCAAAUUUUGGAGCUCAUCGUUUUGCUUCUUUGGUCGCGAUUCGCGAACACGAAGCUUCCUCCGUCACUAGCCUCUCUUCUCUUCCAUGGCGAUGACCAUUGAAGGCUUGCAGGACUUGCUUUUAUGUUUUCAGCAAGCAUCUUGUUACAAAUCCUGGCUUGUGCAUUAUACAACAAUUGGUGGCCGAUGUUAUCCGCUCUGAUGUACGUGCUGGUACCCAUGCCUUGCUUAUUCUUUGGUGGCGGUUCUACUCAGGUUUUAUUUGCAAGGGAAAGCGAUGGGUGGAUAAAUGCUGCUAAAUUUUUGACUGGUGCAUCAACUGUUGGGAGCAUAGCCAUUCCCAUCAUUCUUAGGCACGCUCAUAUGAUUGAGACACCUGCUAUGUGGAUUGAAUUCUUUUCAUUCUUCAUAUUUGUCUGUACUGUCAUGUGUUUCCACCGGGCUAGUCUCGAAGACGAGUGGUGAUUAGCACUAAAAAAACCUAGGUUCUUAUCUAAUGACUCGUAAUUGUUGGGGCCACCAAUGAUGUAAUAUAAUUUAACUACAAGAAGUGUGAUAACGCAUGCAACGGGAAAUGAACGGAGCCUUUCCCACUUUGUAGAUGUGAUCUCUUUGUGUAUGUUCGAAGACCUUUUUUGUCAGUCAAUUUGUAUACGUUGUUCAAAGGUAUCUUGAUCUGUUUUGCCUUUUACUUGA